AUGGACACCCCAAUGGGACAGCCUGGCAUGGCUGAAGCCCAGCAAAUACGAGUCAACUUCACCACAUCGUCGCCAGAUAUCCAAUUACCAGAAGGCAAAAGCCAACUUCUCGUCCCCUCAGAUAUCAAGCGUUAUGGCCUCUCCCGCGUCCUCAACUCCGAGUCGAUGCUCGACACGCCGUCGCCGAUCCCCUUCGACUUCCUGAUCAACGGCACGUUCCUGCGGACGACGCUGGACGAGUACCUCAAGGCCAACGGGCUGUCCUUCGAGACCACCGUCACCCUGCAGUACGUGCGCAGCCUGAUCCCGCCCGUCUACCAGGCCAGCUUCGAGCACGACGACUGGAUCAGCGACAUCGACGUGCUCUCCGCGACGUCGCGCGCGGGCCUGUGGUCCGGCGACAAGCUCGCCACGGGCCAGGACCGCAUCCUUUCGGCGUCGUACGACGGCCUGCUGCGCGUGUGGAACAGCUCUGGCAACGUGCUGGCCACCUCGCCGGCCGGCAGCCACAGCGCCAGCGUCAAGACGGCCAAGUUCCUGUCCUCGUCGCAGGUCGCGUCCGCGGGCCUCGACCGCACGGUGCGGGUCUGGAAGUACACCGAGUCCGAGGACCGCCUUUCGGCCGCCCUGAAGCCCACUCUCGAACUGUACGGCCACAAGGCCAGCGUCGACGCCAUCGACGUCCACGGGCCGACGGGGCGCAUCCUGUCCGCCUCGGCCGACGGCUGCAUCGGGCUGUGGACGACCUCCAAGUCCAACGCGCCCGCCGCGCCUCCGUCCCUCCUCCCCGGCGCCGGCGCCAGCGCCUCCAAGAAGCGCAAGAUCGCCUCGGCCACGACACCCACGUCGCAGCGCGGCGCCCUGUCCCUCAUGCCCGUGCACGGCACCUCCCCCGCCACAGCCGUCUGCUUCGACCCCCACGACAGCACGGUCGCCUACUCGGCGUCGCAGGACCACACCGUGCGCACGCUGGACCUGACGACCGCGCGUGUCGAGCACGCCAUCAACACGCUGCACCCGCUCCUCGCGCUCACCACCCUCCCGUCGGCCGCCUCGUCGGGCGGCUCCUCGGUGCUGCUCGCGGCCGGCACGGCGGCGCGGCACAUCACGCUCAUCGACCCGCGCGUCUCGGCCGCCACGACGUCGGUCAUGACGCUGCGCGGCCACCGCAACAUGGUGACGUGCCUCGCCCCCUCUCCGGACAGCGCGCACGCGCUCGUUUCGGGUUCCGCCGACGGCACCUGUCGCAUCUGGGACCUGCGGUCCGUGCGCGCCGGCACCAAAGCCGAGGGCGGCGGCGGCGUCUGCGAGAGCGUUUAUGUUGUUGAACGCGAGAGCCAGAAGGCUGCGGGAGUAAGAAAGGAGAAGAGCGACGUACCCGGUCGCGGCGCCAAGGUCUUUGGCGUUGCUUGGGAUCGCACUUGGGGCAUUGUUAGUGGAGGUGAGGAUCGCAUGGUGCAGGUUAAUCGCGGGAGGGAUCUGUUGGCUGCUACGUAG